CAUUUUUUUUUUUUACAUUUCAAAAGACGAAAUGUCGAGGAUAGAGUUGAAAUACUACUUCGAGAAUAAAGUCGAAAAAUUGUGACCCGGAAGCACUUUUCAGCAGCAAAAAACAACCGGAUGUUGAUGUUUUGCUAGCCAGUUUGCUAAGCUAACGCUAGCUGCUAACCAACGUUGUAACGUUGCGAUAUUAUUAUUGUCAGGCUGAAUCUGGAAGAAACGAUGUGGACAUGUCGACUUUACUCUCGACAUGUUGACCUUUAUUGUCUAAAUGUUAAAUAAAUAAAACAAAUCUUCCCCCUCAUUAAUAAAAAAAGACAAGUCUUCCCCCUAAUUGUUUCUUCUUAUGCCUGGCCAUGAUACUAUUCCGUUUAAACACACACAACACAAAUAUAAUGUCCUGAAAUUGAGAAGAGAUCGACACCAGUUGUGUGAUGAUCUCAAUGGCGCUGUGUGUUUCUGUCCUUGUUCGUUGCAAAGUUAGUUCACAAAUUCGAAGUUUUACGCGAGCCCCUUGAAGGCAACACGCGCCCCAUAGCAACCACUGUUCAGUGUACCUUAGCAACCAUGGAGGACGAGCCUGCGUUCAUCGUGGAAGAAAGAGGAGAGGAGCUCCCACGAGAAGAACUUCCCGACAACCGCGUCGAAGAGCUAAAGUGUUGCAACGCAGCCCUCCUGGCAGAGAAGGACUUGUUCGAACGCUUCAUCAGCCGCCUGGAGCCACGCGAGCUGGUGUCCCAGCAGGACGGGGGCGAAGGUCCCGCGGCAGCAGCAGCAGCAGGAGGAGGAGCAGGAGGAGGAGGAGGAGGAGCCUCCCUAACGGAGAGUGGGGGCUGUGGACGGAGGCGGAGGUCCCACUCCCACGUGUCCGACCGACUCCAGCAGCUGACGAUUGAGCAGAAACUCUAUGUGGCCCGGAGGGAAGUGAGAGAGACACAACAAGAUCACGAGAAUCUCAAACAGAGAUACGAGAGAAUCCAGGACAACUACAAGGCCUCCUUGAAAGAGUCCGAGUUGCGCCUGGCGGAGGUCAGGAAGGCUAAGAAAGAGUUUGAACGCAGGCUGCUCAAACCUCUGAAGGACAACAGAGUGGAGAUGAAGGAGCCAGACAAAGUGCUCCAGUGCAUCAGAGACAAGCUACAGGUCGCCCAGUUGGAGAAGUUGCAUCUGAAGAACCAGGCGCUGAAGGUCCAGGAGAAGAAGCUCCAGCAGCAGCUUCGCCAUAAAAAAGAAAUGGGAAAGGCCGAGUACGAGGACUUUUUCCAGGAGUACAACGAGCAGAGAAUUGACAAAAAUCGAGACGAACUUCAAGUCAACAGUUCGAAAGUGCAUCGUGUCCUCGGUUCGCACAAGGAGAAGCUGCAGUGCGUGACCAUGGAGUCGACGGAGUUGAGCAACGACAUCACAAGCAGGAAGCAGAUGCUGGCAAAAAUUGAGGAGGAGAUGCAGCACGCCGAAGAGGAGCGUUUAAAGGCGGAGGCCCUGAACCAACACCUGCGCCUCCAGAUGACAGAUUACGAGGCUCCCGAUAUCACCGAGUACAUAGAUGUCAAAGAGAAACACAAGAAGCUGCAGCAAAGCAUUCACACCUGGGAGAGGAAGGUUGGCAUUGCUGAGAUGGCUUUGAAGACCCACACUAAAGCCUGGAUCAAACAUGGAGCCACUCUUACUCCUGCGAACAGCGCUGCAGCAAGAGCGAGGUCCGGGGAAAACCCCGUCCCAGUAAAGCUCCCGUACAUAACAGAACACAACAGAUAAGAGAGGCAGAGAAUCGGAGGGAGGCUACAGGAUUCAUUAAAGAACUGGAGUGGUGCUGGUGGAGUUUGUACGUCCACCAAGGCCAAACAGUCCCCUCAAACUCAAUCAAGCUGCACCAGACAUACAGUAGAUAUCAGUCCCCUUAAUAUGCCUGAUUUAUAAAAAAAAAAAAUCAAGAUCCAUUCUUUAUUCCCUGGGAAAACUGUGAAAGUAUAUAUAUAUAUUUUUAAACUCCACCCUAUCUUGCAGUUUGACAGGGAGGGGAAAAACGUCCUGGAUACGCCUCUUUGUCCAGAUCUGGACCAAAAUGUAAUGGGUUCUUUCUUGGCUCAUGUUUUGGGGAAAUCCGUUCAGUAGUUUUUGCAUAUUCCUGCUGAAUAUCAAACAAAUCAACAAACAGAAAGGGGUGGGGGGAUGGAAACUUUAGUCACAAUUUGAUUAUUUCUUUUAAUAUUUGUUGGAAAUUGUAGCAAUAAAAUAAUUUUCUGUUGGCUUGAUGCUUUUCAAGAUGUUCACAUUUUCAAACUAUGAAGUUAACUAAGAAUGAAUUGUAGAGAUAUUUUCUAAAUGUUUAAGCUCCAUUAAGCCCAAUUCCAAUAAAAAUAACCUUGAUUACAGCAUUCUCAAUCCAAUAUAUGAGAGUUUCCAUAGUUGUGUUUCUGAAGGUCAUGUAAAGUGAGCAGACUCCUAAUGUGAAGAAUAAAAAUCCACCGAAUACUUGA